AUAAAUAGUCGCCUUUGCAGGCGGCCCGGCAGGACGGGUAGGGCACGCACUGGCCCCGGAGCCCACUCGCGUCCCUCCCCCAGAGCGCUGACUCGGCUCCCCGGACCGUGGCAGGAUGGAAGAGAAGCUGAAGAAAAGCAAGAUCAUCUUUGUGGUGGGCGGGCCCGGCUCGGGGAAGGGCACCCAGUGUGAGAAGAUUGUCCAGAAGUACGGCUACACCCACCUCUCCACCGGGGACCUCCUGCGGGCCGAGGUCAGCUCGGGCUCGGCCAGGGGCAAGAUGCUGUCGGAAAUCAUGGAGAAGGGGCAGCUGGUGCCACUGGAGACAGUGUUGGACAUGCUCCGAGACGCCAUGGUGGCCAAAGUAGAUACUUCCAAAGGCUUCCUGAUCGACGGCUACCCCCGGGAGGUGAAGCAGGGGGAAGAGUUUGAGCGGAAGAUCGGACAGCCCACACUGCUGCUGUAUGUGGACGCGGGCCCUGAGACCAUGACCAAGCGGCUCCUGAAGCGCGGAGAGACCAGUGGGCGCGUGGACGACAAUGAAGAGACCAUCAAGAAGCGGCUGGAGACCUACUACAAGGCCACAGAGCCCGUCAUCGCCUUCUACGAGAAACGUGGCAUCGUUCGCAAGGUCAAUGCCGAAGGCUCCGUGGACGAUGUCUUCUCGCAGGUCUGCACCCACUUGGACACCCUCAAGUAGCCAAGCUGGAGCCCCUUCCCCUGCUGAGAGCCCCGCCCUGCCCUCAUCCUGACUGGGGCCCUGCCCGGCUGGAGCACAGGCAGAGGAAGCCACUUUAUCCUGUUUUCAUGGACAGCCGAACACUAAAGGAAUUUCCAAGGACA